AAAUGACCUCCGGAUGACCGCGACUGUCCAGUUGUAGCCCAGAUGGCGGCAGAAGGGUUAACCGCCCAGCCGUUGAACCCGCAGGACGGCUUCAACUGGGUCUUCCUGGUCGAAUUGCUAGUCUGUGGUAUUCUGUCCAUCUUCUUCCUCUUCUACUUCAAUCGAGUGUUCGGGACUCUCGUGUCAUACGCAAUCCGAGCCUACACCUGGCACACGUACCAAGCCUAUAUCGACAUUCAAGCGUUGCAAAUAUCGCUGCUCGGAGGCCGCAUCUUCUUCAAAGACAUCCGAUAUCAUGCCCAGAAUGAAACCAUACUUGUCCACGGGGGCUACAUAACAUGGCAAUACUGGCUCCGCAAAGUCAAGGACGCGGAGAUAUUUGCUCAAGAGGAGCUAGAUUCACGCCCAGAAGGGGGUUCAGAUACUUCAAGCAGUGAUGGAGGCCGCCGACGCAAUAGACACAGAGACUUCGAUGAGGAAGCAAAAGGAGCGCCCCAGAAAAAGAAGUCGCUUCCGUCUCGGAUCACGAUCAAGGUUUCUGGAGUGGAGGUCUUCAUGUAUAAUCGAAGCUCAGGUUACGAUGGAAUUGUUGAAGCUAUUCUCAGGAACCAGGACGACGGGUCCGAUGGGAGCGCGUCUUCCAACUUCGAACGAUCCAGGUCUGGCGCUUCCGCGAAUCAGAAACACAAGCAUGAAGUCAACCUCGUCAAUCGGAUCAAGAAAACUCAUACCAGUGAGAGCACGGAGCCAGAUGCCCCCGGAAACUCUGAUGAAGCGCAUGCAAACACGGUUCAGUGCAAGAAAGAGGAAUUACCUGCUUUCUUGCGGCUGCUCCCCGUCCAUAUUGACUGCAACAAGGGCGCCAUUGUGAUUGGUAAUGAAUUCACUCCGGCAGUAAUCACCGCGCAGUUCGAGAAGGCAUCUGGAGACUUUGAUGCUGCAGCAUCUGGCCCGCUCGACAUGUACCAGCAACUAUUCAGCUUCCAAUUCACGCAUCCUGUUGUUCACAUGAGGCCUAAUCCGGAUUUCAAACGUUCGCAAUUAGAUAGCGCUGUCCAGUUGAAAAAGGAUGCCGAGGGAGAAGAGCCAAUUUCGAAAGAGGCGCAAAAGAGCAAAGUUUUUUGGAGCAGACGAAGGCCAUGGCAUACCUUGUGGAGCAUGCACAGCCUCUUCUCUAGAUCUUCCGACUCUAUCGAGCGGCCCUCGACACGUCAUGCGAAGAAGAAGAUGCAACCCCCAAUGCCACCCGAUAGCAAGCCGUGGAAAGGCUUAGCGAGAUAUCUCGACGAUAGUCAGCUCGAUGAGCAUGACGAAUGGGAGGCCAUAGAGUAUGCCAAGACGUCUUUAGUUCUCGAUUGUCCUUGCAUCAAUGUAAGCUUCUACUGGGAUGUGCCGGGACGCGUGUCUUCCGGUCUGGACGAUGGUUCCUCAACUUUGCCCUUCCGGAAAGGGGACAUCAAUGGUACGAUACCACCAGAAUACGGACUAGAUAUAGAAAUCUUCGGCGGCACGAUCAAUUACGGCCCAUGGACGGACAGGCACAGAGCUAUAUUUCAAUCAGUCUUCUUCCCAGCCUCGUAUGUUGAUGCUGUUCCGAGCUCUCUAUUGAAACCGGGGGAACUUCGAGUGUUUACGGUCUUCAAAGUCUACCUGAGCAUCGAGAAGGAUACUCUGUUGCGGAUUCCUCUGCGAGAACCAUCCAAGGACUGGAAAUGGAAGGGUACUGCAACGAACGUGGCAGGAAAUUCCAAAAAUGCAGCAGAGAAGGGGAAGUCGCGUGGGAAAGGAAGGCGAAAACCCGUCAGCGGAAAUAAGCGCGAACCUGGAGUACCAGCCCCGAGUCACCGACCUUUUGCGUGGCUCGAGAUCAAAAUCGCCGCCAACUCGACCGUCAACUACCUGAUGGAUUUCGUGGCCUCUGAGACGGGAUAUCAGAAUAACGUGUCCGUGGACAUACGAGGAACCGAAGUGUUUUCAAGCGUCAAUCAUGCUUUGCUGUGUAGAUCUAGUGCGUUAUCACUGGAUUGCGACCUAUCUGCGCCGCUUCGAUGGAACCAAUUACGAAAAUGGCUCUUCAACAUAUCGUGUCAUGAUUUGGAGCUAUUUCUUUUGAGAGACCAUCUUUUCUUGAUCACAGAUCUUGUCAGUGAUUGGGGUUCUGGGCCACCAUCCGAUUACUUCACCUUCACGCCUUUUCAGUAUUUCCUGAAGGUGGACUUACAGAACUUCAAACUUUAUCUCAAUACAAACGAUUCCAACAUCGUGAACAAUCCAUCCGAUCUCGAUGACAACAACUUCCUCGUUGUCUUUGGUCAGCACUUACGAGCCAAGUUGACCAUACCUCUGGAUCGGUAUCGACCAUACCAAACUGAGAUACCCUUUGAUGUCAGCGCCGAGGAUGGAGGCCUAGACUUGUGCAUGCCGUCGAAAAGUACGCUCCAGACAUUUGUUCGCUCGAACAGGGUUGCCAAACUGGGCGCCCUCACAGUUACCGGAAGCCACAACUAUUUCACCGAAACAUCGACUGCAAAUACCGAUCGCCUGCAUCUCGACAUCCACGGGACAAAGCUUGCGUUGGACCUGUAUGGAUUCUUGAUUCGCCAUUUCAUGAAGAUUAAAGACAACUACUUCGGUGAAGACAUGCACUUCAAAACGCUGGAGGAGUAUCAAGGCCUGCCAACUCAAAGUCUCGCAGUAGAUGGAGUGGGUAGUGGGCAACAUUUCGGGAAGUCAAACGAUCUCGAUGUCAUACUCUGUGUGUCUGUAGACCAAGCGAGCGCCUUCGUUCCGGCCAAUCUAUAUUCGGCUGAGGAUAGCAUCAGAAUUGACCUGCCAUUCGUUGCCGCAGAUCUAAGGUUCACAAAUUAUUACAUGGACCUCAUGGUAAACUUCAGUCCUCUGAGCGUGUCUUUGGGUCUAUUGGGGAGCAGUCCAGGAACACGAGGGCAAUCUGCUGGCCCAACGGAAAUUUUUAUCGAAUCGGUCGAGAUAUAUGGGCACCGUCUCUUCGGGCUUCCUCCUACUGAACCUACCUACGUCUGCAAUUGGGAUUUCAACAUCGGAACCGUAUCCGGAGAAUGUACAGAGAUGUUCCUUGAAAAGGCAGCGGGGACUGCACGGUCCUUCGGUUUCACUUUCGACGACGAUGAAAAUGCGCUACCUUUGUCUCAGCCUCUGAUCAUCCACGACUCGACAUUUCUGCGCUUGCGAACGAGCGUCGUCCAUAUAUGGCUUCACGUCGCUACAGAGGUCUUGCUUCUUAGUACUGGGCCAAUUACUUUGGAUUUCAACGAUCUUGCCGGUCCAACUUUUUCGGAGCGUUUAAAGGUCCUCGUCCCUGACUUGACUGUUGCUUGCGUAGAUGCGAGAUCCGCGUCUAGGCACCGGACCAGGGCAGGAGAACGGAAUACCAUUCGAACGCAUGCUUAUAUUCAAACGACGUUGUCUUUACAGAUGCUACAACGAAAAAUGGACUUCACAGUUGAUAGGGAGGAACAGCAGUCUCAUAUGCAGGAGCAUGACCAGAGGACUAACCGGACACCUUUUUUUCUGAUAGACAAGAUGACUACGUCCACCUAUCAACCCUUAAAAUCUACGCCCCCUACGCAGCCACCGGCAAUGCCUUUUCCGUACCUACCUCAUCCAAUCUCGUUGCAAACUUCUCCGAAGCCCUCUGGUAGUUCCACGCCCACCCCUAGUAUGGCGCAUUCUAGCACUAGAUUUUCGUCACUUCGGCCGCAGGAUGCGAGGGGUAGACAGCUUCGACCAACUCCUCUGCGUUCAUCUUCGAAUGGCUCUAUAGCAGAAAGCAUACGAAAUGUACAGUACAGCAAAGAUCCUCCACACCGUGAAAGCUUCAGCCGAAGCCGAACGUUGGUUUCUCGGUCGGCCUCACGAAAUAACACUAGCAAGUAUACCUACGCUUUGACAACUGAGGAAGAGAGGGAAAGGCGAGGACUACCUCCAUCAUCGGUCGCACUUUCGAGUUCUCUCGCCGCUCCGUACUUCCCACUAGACCUCGUAGAACCAGAUCUCUCUGAUGUUCCUAUGCUGCCUGUGGCCUCUAAGGAUGUCUACGAAACCGAAGACGACAUGCUACUUUUCAAGGAUGCUUCCGCUAAGGCGUUCGAUGAGAGUUUUGUCCAUACCAGUUUUAUCAUAAGCGCCGAUCCCGGCAUACGAAUCCAUUGUACCCCACAAGCUAUCCGGUGUGCAGCGAACUUAGUCGACAUUAUCAGCCCACAGCAACCAGAGGAUAUACUCGAUGCUUUCCAAGUAGAUGUUGUCACAACUAUAUUGGACAUGCAAAAACGCCGACAAGGAAAGGGCAAGUCGACUGAGAUGAGCCUCCGCGUCCCUUUCACACACAUAAGGUUUGUUAACGAAUUUUCUAAGCAAUCGGGAGACGAAUCUGAGCUUGAAAAAGACCAAUACGAUGUUACAUUGGAUAAUUUGAACGUCGCCCUAAGGACGAAAGACUUCCCCGGUGAUCGUGCGGGUGAAAAUUCUCUGUCCUUACAUACAACUCUUGGCUCCGUCGCCAUCGCUAUUAAGGAAAGGUCUAUGGAACUUCCCGGCGACGAUGUGGCUAUACAAGCACGAGUGGACGAUUUACUCUUAUGGGUUAUGAAUGCUAAAACCUGCUCUGUAAACGUGUCAUUCAGGAACUUUGAAACGGGUGCUGCUAGCAAGAAGGUCGAAUACCUCGCAUCCCUGAUCCACCGAACCACAUUACUCGGCACAGAAUUGGUGGAGCGAUUUCAGACUAUGAGCCUGGAACAACUACUGCGUCUUCGAUUUCUUGCGUGGAGAUUGACAACCUCCCAUAAUCAGACUCCAGAUCCCGCAUUCUUGACGAGGCCGUCUUACGCCUUGCGUGUGGCGCGCGACCACAUCCGAAACCACGAUUCCUGGAAAAUCAUAUCACGGUUUCGCUUUAUUUGGGCGAGCUUACCAGAGCUUGAGAAGCAAAGACUCAAAAACUCCUGCCUAGCAAAGAUCACCACUUGCCCGAACGAUGCAGAAGCCAAGGUUAUAGAAAUGUGGGACCAAUGGCGUACCUGGGAUUUGAGUCACGUCAAGAAGAGCCUCGCGAUGCGAAAAAUCUAUGGGUCGUUCGCCGACAUCGAGAAGAUUUCGAGCAAGCCAAUUCCAAUUUCCCUCAAUAUCAGGUCCAUUGGCAUCAAGUUGGUAGUCGAUCCAGGGCCAAAGCAGAGUGAGGCGUCUAUACAUCAUGUUGCCCUUGCAUUGUCUAUGAGUCCUCCUCCUGAGCCUACCGGCCUGAUGCUCGUAGAGUCCGAGACAGCCGUCCAGUCGACUUCCCUUCAAAUCAACUCUAGGAAUACCGUGGUGCAAAUCAAAUGGGAAAUCUGCGACCUUGUUGACAGCCUCUUGAAGCUUUUUAUUAAGACUCCGUCAGUCGACCAGCCACCAGACUCGGCAAUAUCCGAACAGGGCAACAAGCUUGUCAAACAAACCCCUAGUGACAAGCUAAACGCGAAAGACCUUCACAUUGUCUACGCAACGGAUUAUGCAAAGAUCAGCCUCGAUGGCCUCAAUUUAAGAAGCGUUUCAAUGGGUCAAGGACUGAAACUAUCUGUUGCUACAUCUGAGAAAGAGCACGAGACGACUGUGAGCAUCUUGGUCCAUGCUCAGCUUGCAGCAACAGAGAUGCACACUCGACACCGCUUACUCUUGAUCUCGAGAUUAGAUCAGCCGAGUCUUUACCUCUCACGUUAUAAAGCCGAGAAAGGAAAACAUAUCGAGGAUAUGAAGGUUGUAGGAACGAGCCGGAUGAACACUAUUGAGGUCAAGGAAGACGCUCUUGGUUUCAUUGAGAUCUUCGAUCUGGUACUUCGCGAUGAAAUUGCAUAUCUCCAUCGCCAAGCCGCAACUUUCAAGAAACCCGGAGACUUAAAACCUCUAGCAGUCGAGAAAUCCAAUGCUGAUCUGCCCAACAUUACUAUGGCCCUAAUGAUGGAUUCUUAUCUGAUUCAGGUUGCCCUUCUCCAAAACCUCACGUGGUCAAUCUCUGGAGGCUUCGGUCGAAUAUCCGUUGAGCCACAAUUGGGCAAAGCCCAUUCUCUCAACAUGCACUUCGACUUGGACGUCCAUACGCAUAAGAUGUACAACAGCACGUCUGAGGGAUCUAAUGUCAUUGCGGCCUUAGACCUACCACCUGUCAACGGAACUCUCAGCUUGACCCAAACCAACAAUCAGACCGUGAUCAAGGCCUCUACAAUAAUCGACUCGAUUACGUUUCAGGCCUCCGAGAUCAAUGGCCUCGUCACGACGAUCAAUAAGCCCGAAAUAUCCAACGUCGUCCACGCUGCCCGAGAUGACCUGGAGAUACUCAAAACACACUUCCGUGAGAUUUUCCCACCAGCCGAUGAGCCGCUUGCCCCUAGCAAAAUCCAAUCAUCAACCAAAAGUCUUGUCUUUGGGGUCGACUUCACUCUCAACGGUCUAAAUAUUCUUGCUAGCGCUCCCGGAAAACUUCCGAGCUCAGCAAACGCGACGCUAGCGCUGAAGUUAGCGUCGAUUCAGCUAAAGGCGACGAACAUAUCCCUCGAAGAUAACGCGAUUCUGUCAUUACCAGAGAUCACAGCACAACUAUCGAAAGUAAGUGUUGAAAUGACUAUUCUUGAGGACGGAACCAUGCGCCACUGUGGCAAUAUCGCUUUAGGUGCAUCUUUCCAUGCUACUUCCCAACUUGGCCAGCAUAGUACCAGACGAGUCUAUCGCGUAGAAGUGCCGGGACUGGAAGUCAAUCUGUUCGCUGAUACUGCAUCCGCUGUGGUGGACGUUCUGAAUCAUCUUCAAGACAAGAUCAAGGAUCUGGACCUCUCCAAGGAGAGGAAGUACCUGAGAAGACUUCGUCACACAAAAAGUCGAGGUCUAAGGAAAGAGUCAAGCGAUCAGGGCAAGGAAAAUGACGACGGCGACGGUAGCCCUGACGCCCUAUUCACCUCCACAUAUUCAUUGGACUUGCGGUGCAUACAGAUCACCUGGGUAAUGGGCGCCUCUGUCCCAUUAUACUCGAUCUCGGAGCCAGAAGAUCUCGUUCUCUCAUUCCGAAGGAUCAACCUUUCCACGCGGAAGGACGAUGCGGCACGCCUCAUGAUUGAGGAUUUGCAAUUGCAGAUGAUUCCCGUCUCAGGCGAUAAGCAGCAACGAUCCCUGAACUCAGCCCUCCUCCCGGAAGUAGUCUUCAAUGUUUCUUACAGCUCGACAAAUGAAGUCCGCAAGCUAGCUUUCCAAGCCGCCGGUAAGUCCUUAGACCUCCGCCUGGAGUCCCACUUUGCGAUUCCCGCAAGCAUGCUUCAUCGAUCGAUGUCCCUUGCAGGACAGAAGUUCCGUGCGGCAUCCGCGACUUGGAAAACCACACCGACAUCUAGUGGGACACAAAGAUCUAGUCCAUUCGGGAACAAAAAAUUGUCUUCUUUGCUAGUUGAUGCCGACUUCGCUGGUGCCGUUGUCCACUUGUCCGGCGAGAGGGAUCAAGAGACAAACACGCGGCUGCCACAGAAAGGAAGAUACAGCCAGUUUGUCAGCGAUGGGACUUCGAACAAGGUGUCUCUUCGGGCACCUGGAGUUGCCUUGAAAGUCCAAUAUAAGGAUGACGGGCAUGAACCCGCACUCAACGCCGAGCUGAAGGUCGACGCUUCCAGCAACACACUUUUCCCAACACUGGUUCCCUUGGUCAUGGACAUCUCUAACAGCAUCAAAGAGGUAGUGCGAAACGAUGACUCUGAAAGUUCGCCGCAAAGUCCGCAGCCGAAGCCUCCUGGAAAAUUGAUGGAUGAAGACAAUCUAAUUACAGCGGAUCCCAGCGCCAUCUUAGGGAAGACCAAACUCAACCUCGGCGUGCGCAUUUGUAAACAGGAGUUCAGUCUAAGUUGUCAGCCUAUCGCCAGGGUAGCUGCUACAGCCCGUUUAGACGAUCUCUAUGUCACAGUCAACAGCGUUAAAUCAAGCGAACAGGGUCAUUUCUUUGCCGUUUCCGCUGCAAUUGAGAAGCUGCAAGUCGCUGUCCAGCAUGUUUAUUCCAGAGAGUCCACCUUCGCCUUCGAUGUUGACUCUAUUGUGCUCUCGUUGAUGAACAGCAAGCACCUUAGCGGUACUAGUGGUAUCUCCGCCAUUCUUAAGAUCAAUCCCAUGCGAACACAGAUCAACGCUCGUCAAUUGCAAGACUUCCUAUUAUUCAGGGAGAUUUGGAUUCCACUGGAAAUAAGGAAGGCUUCGAAGCAAACUCAAACCAAUGCCACCACCGAGCCUCAAGAAUAUCUCGUGCAACGCUACCAGAAGGUUGCUGCUACUGCUGCAUUUCCUUGGAAUGCAAACGUUGCCAUAGCAGAAGUCUCCAUUAAUCUUGAUCUUGGUCAGUCGAUCGGCAAGACUUCGCUAAAGGUGACGAACCUUUGGGCUUCUUCAAAAAAGAAUUCCGACUGGGAACAGAAUCUCUGCAUCGGUGUGGAGCGCGUCGGCCUCGAAAGCCAGGGCCGGACGAGCGGCUUCAUUGAAAUUUCCGAAGUCCAAGUAAGGACCUCGAUCAGUUGGCCUUCUCGAACGAUACAUAUUCGGCAGACUCCCCUUAUUCAAGCAUCGCUCGGCUUUCAACGACUCCGACUCAAAGCUGGAUUCGAUUACCAAGCGUUUGCUAUCGCAGAUAUCGCUAAUUUUGAUUUCCUAAUGUACAAUGUGCGAGAGCAAGUCGAAGGCGCGCCCGAUCGUUUGGUGGCCAUUCUCGAUGGCGAUAAGGUCCAAGUGUUCUGCACAGCGACAAGUGCAGCUCAAGGCCUCGCCCUAUAUCAAGCUAUCGAACGCCUGGUGCUAGAGAACCAGCAGGCAUACGCCCAAUCUCUCCGAGACAUAGAGAAAUUUCUGCGUCGCAAGUCGUCUGUAAUACCGACGCGCUCGUCUUUUCAAAUCCUCAACUCUGCCAAAGCUGCGACGGAUACGUUAAAAGCACCUAUCUCGCUUCAUACGGACGUUGUUCUCACCUUGCGAUCCGUCAAUCUGGGCAUUUUCCCGUCCACAUUCACGGACAAUCAGAUCUUCAUGCUCGAGGUGUCAGAUGCACAGGCUCGCUUCGCUGCCGCACUUGAGAAGGGCAGAGUCCACUCUGGGCUCGGAAUGACACUGGGCAAACUUUCUGUUGCUCUAGCCGCUGUAGCCCAGUCCAAGAAGGCGAAGACAGUGAGCGAGCUCUCCGUCGAAGACGUCGUCGGCAGCGCGAUGGCGGCCCGAGGCGGCACCAUCUUGCGAGUGCCGAAAGUUGUUGCAACCAUGCAGACAUGGCAGAGCCCGGAGUCCAACCAUAUCGACUACAUCUUCAAGAGCUCGCUCGAGGGCAAGGUCGACGUUGGCUGGAACUAUAACCGCAUCUCGUUCAUCCGGACCAUGUGGUCCAACCACUCCCGCUCGCUGGCUUCUCGUCUCGGCAAGCCGCUACCAGAAUCCGCACUCAAGAUCACAACACCGGAAAAGCCGGACACUGGUGCCGCGGGUCAAGCGGGCGCAGGCGACGCAGAUGGGAAUGCCAUCGCAGAACGAGAGAAGAUCACCGCGGUUGUGAAUGUGCCGCAGAGCAGAUACGAGUACACAGCGUUGGAGCCACCGAUUAUCGAAACACCGCAGCUGAGGGACAUGGGCGAGGCGACGCCGCCGCUGGAGUGGAUCGGGUUGCAUCGGGAUCGUCUGCCAAAUGUGACGCAUCAGAUUGUCAUUGUGACGCUCUUGGAGGUGGCGAAGGAGGUGGAGGAUGCAUAUGGAAGGAUUCUGGGGAAUUCGUAGUGUGUGUUGAUUUCAGAUACCCCUUCAGUGCUUUAGGAGUAAGGGCUUAUGGGUUUGGCCCGCCAUGGGACGGUUAGCAUUAGCAAGCGCUUUUAGCAUUGUAGGUUGUACAAAAGCUCUUUUGUUGUAGUUUCUAGUUCUGUAAAUUUCUUGUAAGAAUGGACGCCGUCAAGGUCUAUUCAAUGCACUUCCAUAAUCGCAUACACGUCUUUUUCCGCUGGCGGUGGUGCCGGCCAACUUGCGAGAAGCUCAGACAUCAGCGAUAAUAUGUAUACAGACUAGACAUUUGCCCGUUUAUUCCAGAUCUCUCAGGGACACGUGG